AUGGGUUCCUCAAGAUCAUUGCUUUUCUUCAUUAAUCUUGCUAUUAUUAUCUUAAACCUUGUUGCUCCCACCAUAUCCCAAGAUGAUGGUAUGUGCACAGAAAAAGCUGAGAACUGCUGGAAGUGCUCUGAUACUGGCACCUACACAGCAGGUGACAAGUACCAAGAGAACCUCAACAGCCUCCUCUAUUCCUUCUCCUCCAACACCCAAAUCAAUUCCGGAGGAGUUCUCUCACAGAACUCUUGUCAGGCUUGUCUCUACAAGUCUACUGAUAUUCUCUUGCAAAAUUGUUCAACUCAAAGGGAAGCAAUCAUAUGGGCAGAGCGCUGUACGGUUCGAUACUCAAACAUAUCGAUUUUCGGUGUGCUUGAAGAUAAGCAUGUUAAGUUUGUGCCGAGCCCAAAUACCGUAUCAAACUUGAACACAGGGAAUGCGCUGGUGCCUUGUUGGAGCAGGAUUUCUUUCCAGAAGAAAUACCUCCACAUGUUCUUGACUGAAGUCCGCACGAUUCUUUGGUUGAAAGAGAACUCCGGAUUACGUUCCCGAAGUCGAACGAUGGAAAUGGAGCGAGUACUUGCAAAAGUCACUCCGACGCUCAAGUCAAUACGAGUGAUUUGUGUCUCCCUUGUUCCGCACUCCUCGGGAAGUUCGAUCAUCCCACGUCUUUUGGUUGUGGCAUAUGGGUUAGGCCACGAUACGUUAGAUUUGAUCCCCACAGUGCCCCCAUUUUUUCCUCUCUACAUGCUUCGCGGGUAG